AAUUUUCUUCUAAACUUCUACUCUUCUAAAUGCCAGUUAAAAAAUGAUCACAUUUCAACAAGGUGCUCCAGUAAGACGAAGGAAUCGACCCAGUUUGGUAUGUGAACCAUGUAAGAGACGGAAGGUAAAGUGUGAUAAGGGUAAACCCUGUGAAUCAUGUAAGAAAAAUGAUGUACCACACAAAUGUGUUUAUUCUCCAAAUUGGGUCCCAAGAGAUGAAGAAACAUCACCAGGAACAAAACGUCAGAAAAAGAAUUCAAACAAUGAUGAAUCUGAUUCAUUGAAGAAAGAUCCACACUCUUCUGAUCCUAUAUUUAAAUCAUAUGUUCGUAGUGCGUUAGAACCUAUUGCAAUAAUAUCACCACAUCAACCUGUACCUACAACAACUUUCAAAAUUGAAGAAAAGUCUGACAAAAUGAUAUUAAUCAAUGCUUCAGAGAUGGAAUCUUUAAAGGAUAGGCUAAGAUCUUUGGAAGAAUCCAUAAAGGCUCAAAAAAGAGAUGAAGACCAUUAUGAAUUACCUUUGUGUACUGGCACUAUUCGUGAAAUAGUCAUAAAGUUAUCAUACAAGGAAUAUCUCACACAAAAUAUUGUAAACUUGAACUCAAAGGCUAUAUUUCAACAUAGAAGUGAGAAUCCAGGGCUUGUUUCUUCAGUUAAGGAACCUAUUCAAUUGGAAUCACCACCAUUAAGCAGUUAUACUUCACCAAAUUCACCACCAAUAAAUGGAAGAGAAAUCUAUGAAUCCUUAAUUGGUGUAAAUCCAUAUGCAUCAAAAGAUGAUCGAAUAAAUUUUUUUGAAGGGUAUACAUCAAUUCACAAUAAUGAGCCAAAUCGAAGAACAAAUUAUGGUCCAUUUGCUUGGAUCUCCAUCCUGGGAAAAGAUCAAGCUUUAAGAUUAUUAAAACAAUAUACUAUGAAACAAAAGAAUAUUCCUUCAGAAGAUGGCACGAAAAGACAAUCUCCAGAAGUUGUCAAUAAAGAACCAGAGAAGUCACAUUUUGAAAAUAAGGAGGUCGAUAGUAAUGGCUUUGUUGAUAUGCUUCCUUACAAGAAUAAUAAUGUAAAGGAGACUUCAAUCAAGAAUUUAAAUGCUCAUAAGGGUCAAAAUUACUGUUUUGGAAAUGGUCCAAUUUCUGAGAACCCAGACCGCGAAUUAAACUUGAUAGCUUCAAUUGAAAGGGCAUUACCUAAGAAGAAAGUGAUUUGGUUAUUAUUAGAGAGAUUUUUUGAUUUCCUUUACCCUUAUAUUCCAUUCGUAGAUGAAGAAAGUUUUCGUCUUGAAAUCUCAAACAUAUUGGGGCCCAAAGACUUCACCGAUGAACCCAUCACAAAGUUAAAUAUCACUAAAAACUUGGACUUUGCAUAUAUUGGAAUGUUAUUUGUCUUUCUAAGAUUGGCAUAUCUAUCUAUUUUAUCCCCACACUCAAGUUAUAGAGUAUCUGAAGAUUCGAAUGAAGAAAAAAAGCUAAUCUGUGAAUAUUUAUUGAAUAACCCAGUUAAUAUGACUUGCAUUGAAAUAACUAAAUCAUGUCUCAAUCAAUUUCAAGUAUUGCGGAAGAUAAAUUUAACCAUUUUACAAUGUACUUUCUUUUUGAGGUUAUAUCACAUGUAUGCACCAGAUGAAGGUGAUGGGGCGGAUGGAGGCGAUUCCCAGAUUUUUAAUGGUAUGCUUGUACAAAUGGCAUAUUCGAUAGGGUUAAAUCGAGAACCGGAUAAUUUUACUGACGGUGAAGUGGAUAAAAAAGUGAACAAUGUAGGAAGAAAAAUUUGGUAUCAGUUGGUUAUAUCAGAUUUUGUGAUAUCGGGAACGUUUGGAAAUCCGUUAAGUAGUAGAGACAUAUAUUAUGAUACCAAAAUACCAUUUCACGAAGAAGGAAAUUCAAAUUUAGUGAACCAGUCCUUGGAGGAGAGUAUAUUGGCAUUCCAUCAAUUUUGUGAUGGCUUCGUUAACGGUCCAAUGAAAAAGAUUCUUGAAUUGGCCUUAAAUGUUAAAGAAAGUUGUAAGAUGUCAGAUCUUACUAAACAUUUAAACGUUUUGGAAGUGUGUACAUCCAAGAUUUUUGGGAGAAUAGAAGAUUACUGUAACGUACUCGAAACUGACGAUCCUGCUUAUAGAUUCAAUAAGCUUAUGAAGUUAAGGAUUAUUCUUUCAUUGAAAUCAUUUUAUUUAUCUAUUUAUUAUCACUUCUUCUUACAUUAUGAAGAGUUGGUUGAAAAUGAUUUGGCAUUCUUCUACUUGAAAAAAAUGAUUACAGUUUCAAUUGGUGAAAUUUUACCAUUUUUAUUCCCAUUGGUAUUUGGAGUAAAAGAUAUAUUUGGGGAUGCAGCUGAUUUGGUACUAUAUCCGUUUUUUUUGCAAACUUUACAUCGAACGAGUGAAGUGAAUUUGACUGCUAUUGUUAGAUUGAAUAUUCAUCUCUAUAAGUUUCGAGCCGACCCAUCUCACCCUAAAAAGCUACAAACUGAUUCAGAUUACAAAAAAUUCUAUGAUCUCACUUGUCAAAUGACUGAGGAUAUGGAAAAAUGUGCAAGAAUUUGUAUCAAGGCAUUAUCAGAAUUAAGUUCCAGGUAUUACUAUGCAUGGGGUGUAACUAAAAGUCAUAGUUUCAUUUUGAAAGUCGUUACAAGUGAAGGUUACUAUGCUGAUAACAAAGAUAAGUUUACUUCCAGACCAUUAAAGCUCGAACAAAUUGAAGAAUUGAAUGAAAUUUAUGAUCCUCCUCUUAAAUUGGCUGAGAAAAUUGUGAAUCAACACUGCCAAUGUGAAGAAACUAUAAGUUUGUUUAGGAAAAAGAAGGAUGUAUCGAUACCAUUAAACUCACCCACCAGUACGAUAGGUACUUAUGAUUUGAAUGAUGAGUUGCGAUCCAAUUCAAUGCUUACAGGAUUUACGAGUAAUAACUUGAUUUCUAGUGAAUUUGAGGAAUUAAAUUUCUCAAAUACGGCGGAGAUUGAUUCAUUAUGGCUUCAGUUAUUAUCCACUAAAACGGACACCACAGAUGUAGACCCUAUGUAUUUCCAAGACUCGGGAAAUGCCCCACAAUUGGUAAAUUUUGAAGAUUCCAGUAGAUUUAACUUUUUCAGUGAUCUUCCCAUGGAGAAGUUGUUUCCACAAAAUAGUUAAUUAAUUUAAUUCCCAUGUAUAUAGUAUUAC